AUGGAGGUCGAUUCGAACACAGGCCUCGAGGUUCUAGCACCGUGUUAUUACGGGCAAUUAGCUACACAAGAGACCACUGAACCGCGAGUAGUAGUAACAGGCCGUAAGCACAAAGCUGCGCGCUCGUCGAUUCCUAGUCGCAAGCGGCGCUGCGUGCAGCCUUCCUCCGGCGCGCCUCGCUCUAGCGCGGUCCCCUCCGCGGAAUCCCCUUCCACGAGCGACGAUCCGCUUGGCGCGGAGCGGCAGUACCGCGGAGUGCGGCAGCGGCGGUGGGGGCGGUGGGUGUCGGAGAUCCGCGAGCCGCGGCGGGGUUUGCGCAUCUGGCUGGGGUCGCACAGCAGCGCGGAGCAGGCGGCGCGAGUGUACGACGUCGCCGUGCGACUGCUGCGAGGCGACGGCGCGAUCCUGAACUUCCCUGACGACCAGCGAGAGGUGCCCCUGCCUCCCGCCAUCGCGGAGACUCUCAUCCACGCCUGCGCGGCCCUCUCCUCCAAGGACUCGCUGCCUGACGCUGACAGCACGGCACCCCUCCGCCCUCUCCUCUCCUCCGCCCACACACACGUGGCCCCCUCCUCCAGUGACUCGCUGCCACGUGGUGCCACUGCUGAGCCCUGCGCUGCUCUCGCUGCCCCUGGCUCGCUGGCGGAGGAGGGAGUGAGCCUCACUGCUGCUGCUGCUUUAAUGGGCACUGGGACGGGCGACAGUGCGGGUAGUGGUGGUGAGGAUGAGCAGAGAGGGGAGGUGGAGGGGGAAUCGGUAGAGGAGAUGGUGGAGGAACAACAGGAGAAGCUGCAACAGCAGGAGCAGGAGGUGUGGGGGGAUGAGUUGGAAACGCUACUGGCAUGCGAGCAACAGAUUAGGCAGCAGGUGGCACAGGAGCAGGCGGAGGGGGAACAGGUGGAGGAAGAGCAGGCGGGGGAAGAGCAGGCAGAGGGGGAGCAGGCGGAAGGGGAGCAGGCGGAGGGGGAGCAGGCGGAAGGGGAGCAGGCGGAGGGGGAGCAGGGGGAAGGGGAGCAGGCGGAGGGGGAGCAGGCGAAAGAGGAGCAGGUGGUGGAGGAGCAGGCGGAGGGGGAGCAGCAGGGAGGGGAGCAGGAGUGGCAGGUUGAUUGGUUGCUGGCAUGCGAGCAGCUGCCACUGGACGAGUUCACUGUGUGUGAUUCUGAGCCUGAGGGUGCUCUGGUCGCUCGUGCCCCGCUUGCUGCUCAUACACUGUGUGGCGAUUCGGGCACAACUGUGAGUGAGGCGGUGGUUGGGGUUGGGGAGGAGAGCGGACGAGGAGGGGCAGCGAUGGGAGUGAAAGGGCAUCACCUGGGGCACUGUGAGACCCGCUCGCCCACUGCUCCCCUGCUGCCUGCCCCCUGCGCUACAGACCAUGCCCUGAUCACCAGCCGGUUGUUUACUGCAGCAGGCAAGGAGUGGUGGCUUGAGCGAGCAGAGCAGAGUAGCAUAUCCAAGAAGACCAAGCCAUGA